AUGUUUUUUCUGGAUCCCGCCGCGGUCUGCUGCUGCGCGGCGACUUGCUGCUGCAGCGUGGGCGGCAUCUGCGCCUACCGAAAUCGCAAGUCGAUUCCUCACCCGUCAGAAUGUGCGCUGAUAGGCAAAGUCUACCGCAUCUGCGGCUGCCACGACCACUCGAAAUUUGACAUGCUCGUAGAGGUCCACGAAAUCCACAACCUCUCGCAGUCGGGCAAGUACUACGUCGAGCUCCACGCAGGGCGCUUCGACGUGCGAACUGGCGUCUGCUCUGCGAAAAAAGGUCGCGUCGAUAUACAGGAACGGCUGAGCCUCCACGUGCGCCAAGUCGACAGUCUCGUCGUUGUGCGGGUCAAGAAGCAGGGUCUCGUCUCCGCCGAAGAUUUCGGCGAUGCCUCGAUAGCCGUUAAGUCCGAGCUGCUCGACGCAGGCUUCCCUAAACGCCAGCCGUUUCUUUGUCAAAAAGACGGAAAGACAACAUGCAAAGUCGUGCUGUCCUUCCAUCGUCUGGACACCGCCAAUGUGAAUCUUGGGGACUUCCAGAUGAGCCCGCUGCUGUACCAAGCGCUGCUGCAGGCGCAGUACGAGGCGGAGGCGCGAGGCGAAACGCUCCACGUAGACGUGUAUAACAUGACAGACGCUGAGCGACUCCGAUUUCUAUCCAAGGUUCUCGAGGGGCCGUUGAAGCAAAUGGGUUCCCUUGGUGGCUCCUGGAAAAGCUUUUACUUCCGCGCAGUUGAACGGAAAAACGGAAAGUGGGAGUGGCAAUACUGGGACUCCAAAGACGACUGUGUGAGUGGCGUGAAGAAGCGCGGGUCCUACUCCUUCAUGGCGAUCUCGCUGGUCCUUCCCGACAAACAUGACCGUCAGUGUUUUUAUUUGCGCUAUCAUGAUACCAGAGGCGCACACGACCUCUUUUUCAAGCGCGUGGAUCGAGACCGCAAUUUGUGGUCUGAUGGUCUCUUCGAGUUCAUUGAAAAGUUGCGCGAGUAUCUCGAGAAGCAUCCUGAGGCAGCAAUGCAGGGCGCCGUGCGGCACGAUUCGCCACGCAAAGAAAAAAAGCGAGGAGACGAUGGAGGCAGCCGAACGCCGAGGCAUCGUGACGGCUCUUCGCGAAGUCCGCGUAAGAAGGAUGUCGCCAGCGUUGAAGGCGACGCGUCGAGGAGGAGUCGGAGCCCCAGGGCUUCGGAGGGAAGGACGAACCGAAGUCAGGUAGAUACGGCAGACUUGUUGGAGAAGCGACGCGUCCUCUCGCCAAGGCAAACCGCCGCGGAAGAGGUUUUGAGACCCCGCGUCUCGGUCCUGAAAGGACGAAUGAUCGACGGGCUCAUGUACGACGGAUCCGCUCAUGUCGCGGACGAAGCGGCGCAGGAACAAGCAGGUCUCUCGCCCGGAGGGAUGUCACGAAGGAGAGAGAACUCAGAGAGACAAAGAUUUGAACAAGAGGAAGAAGAGCCGCUGCUGCACAGCGGAGAGCAGGCGCGUCCAUGA